AUGAUCCCUCCCUCCCUGAGAGCGGCGGGCAUGCCUUUCCAGAGGCUCUUCGGUGUCUGGUUCUUGUUCUCACUGACUAUGGGGACGCUGCCAGUCCCUACGAGCGCCCUCGCCGACUCGCAGCGUGCACUCGAGCUGCCGGUCGACCACGGAAAGGCCCCUCUGCCCGUAGCGAACUGGACGAAGUCUUUCUGGAUCAACUCCCCAGGCGCGAACCCUCUCGCGGGUGAAGGCAGCCAGGGCCCGCUGACGGAGGACGCGGAUGUGUGCAUCAUUGGAAGCGGGCUCACAGGUGUGUCAGCGGCGUAUCACUUGGGCAAGCAGCUGGAGGGUCGCGAGCGUGCCGCGCCGUUGAAAGUUGUGAUUCUGGAUGCCAGGGACUUCUGUGCAGGGGCGACAGGGCGUAACGGCGGGCACCUGUCCCCAGUAGCCUUUGCCUCCUUCAAUCUCGCAUUACAAAGGUUCGGCACGGACGAAGUCUUGCGGUGGCUCGCCCUCGAGCGCCAUACCGUGACUGAGGUCGUGAAGAUUAUCGAAGAGCAUGGCCUACAGGAAGCGGUGGACCUGACUAACGGCGGGAGGAUUGAACUUCUCAUCACACCUGAGGAGUUAACGGCCGCGAAGGCCGACUACAAGGCAGCUGAGGCCGCAGGUGCAGACCUCGACGAUGUCAAAUGGCUGAAUGAGGGUGAGACAUUCGGCUCGUCACACCCAGGCUACCUUCACACAGGCUAUAAUCUAUGGCCCCUCAAGUUCGUCACCGAGCUCUACAAGCUGGCCGCCGCUUCUCCUGCUUUGAACCUCACCCUGCACACGCGUACCCCCGUAACCGCCGUCACGCCCUCCAACGGCUCAUCUACGCGCCCAUGGACGCUCAACACACCACGCGGCUCCGUUUCCUGCACGCGCAUCAUCCAUGCUACGAAUGCUCACGUAUCGCACUUGCUCCCACACAUGAGCGGGCCUGCCGGAGUGAUUCCUGUCCGCGCACAAGUAAUGGCGCUCCGCGCUGCCGCGCCUCUCGACUCGAUUUCUCGGCACGCGUGGACAGGCAACGAGGGCUUUGAGUAUUGGUUCCCUCGUCCGCUCGAGGAGGGCCAGGAACAUCCCUUGGUGAUCAUAGGCGGCGGACGGGAGGCGACCUUGCCGAAGUACGAGUUGUAUGUCGCUGAUGACUCUGCGAUCAAUCCGAAGGCAGGGGCUGCACUCAGGAAGUUCUUGCCUACGCUGUUCCCGGGCAAGUAUGAGGAGGGACGCGAACCGGAGAUGGAAUGGACCGGUAUCAUGGGGUACACAGCUAGCAGCGAUCCUUUCGUUGGGCCUGUUGUCGAUCCCUCUAGUUCUACGAACAAAUACGAAGGCCACUUCGUCUCUGCAGGAUAUAGUGGACACGGCAUGCCGCGUGCAUUCGCUUGUGCGGAAGCAUUGGCACAGAUGGUUGCGGCAGGGAUCAUGGGCAAGUCGUGGUCUCCCCCGGAGUGGUUGCCACGACACUACCUCACAAACCGCGUAGGACUCGUUCAACACUAG